GAGAGGGAGGCUCCAAGUAGCCAGCUAGCAUAGUCCAUGGCUGCUCUCGACAAGUCCUGCCUCGUCGAGCUCGGGCCCGUACCGUUCAAAGACGUGAACAACGACGACGACAACGGCCAGACGGCGAUCUCCCCGCCGACAGAAUAUGCGGACAUCGUCGCCACCCUGCCGAGCAUUGCCGCAAUCGGCGACUCGCAGCUGCUGAAAUACCAGGACGUGUGGCUGUUCAUCCACGGGGUCACCGGGGUGAUCUCCAUCCAGCGGCGCUUCAAGUCGCGGCCGGGCGACGUGCUCCUGGCGAGCCCACCCAAGUGCGGCACCACCUGGCUCAAGGCGCUCUCUUUCGCCACCAUGGCGCGGGCCAAGUACCCGCCGUCGGACGCCAAUCACCCACUCCGCCGCCUCAACCCGCACGAGUGUGUCCCGUUCAUGGAGAACCUGUUCAGCGCCGGCCAGGAAGCCAAGCUGGAGGCGCUGCCGUCGCCAAGACUCCUGCAAACACACAUGCACUACUCCGUGCUGCCUCGCUCCCUCGCCGACUGCAAGAUCGUCUUCGUCUGCAGGGAGCCCAAGGACAUGCUCGUUUCCAUGUGGCACUUCCUCCAAAGCGCAGGAUUCAGCUUCCCCUUCUCGGAUCUGUUUGAGCUGGCGUGCCAGGGCCAGAACCCACACGGCCCCAUCUGGAGCCACCUCCUGGGAUACUGGACCGCCAGCACAGCCAGGCCGGAGAUGGUCCUCUUCCUGCGGUAUGAGGACAUGUUGGCUGAUCCGGUCAGCACCGUCCGGCAGCUCGCGCGGUUCAUGGAUGUGCCCUUCACGGCGGCCGAGGAGGCGGCGGGGCUUCCGGUGGACAUCGUUGAGAUGUGCAGCAUCGACGCGUUGAGAGAGCUUGACGCCAACAAGACAGGGAAAUUUGGUUUGUUCUUCAAGUUCCAGCACCAAACCUUCUUCAGGAAAGGGGUCGUGGGGGACUGGGUGAACUAUAUGACGCCGGAGAUGGCCCGCCGCAUCGACGCAAUCGUCGGUGACAAACUCCACGGAUCGGGCCUCACCUUCACGUCCGUCGGGACUAUCGCUUCACAAGACCAGGAUGCUCGCACGCUGCUUCUACCCACUUCAUCAUCAUUAUCAUCAAGUUGAGCUCGUCUUUAAUUUGGCCACCGUACUUCUCCUUUUCUCUUGUUGUCCGUUUUCUUAGCUUUGUCAGUAAUAAGUUUCACUUCUGAUCCGGCCACUGUAUCUUGGUCUGUUCACAGAUAUACAAGUAUGUGGUAGAAACUUGCCCGUA